AUGUGGCUCUCCAUCAUUAAUCCCAGUUAUAUCGGACAGUUUUUUAGCUCUAACGUUUGGGACUGGUGUUGCGUGAAUUUAAAGGAAAAGGCAGGGCAGGUUAAUGAACAAUGGCGAGUACUCUUUGUCAUUGUGCGCUGGCUUCUUGGGAAGCGAAGGAACGAAAAAUUGUUUGAUGAUAAAAGUAUCAAUGCCCACGCGAUCCUAGGCAAAGCAAAAGCGAUCCUGACAAGCUUUACGGCAGCAACAAUUCAGUUGAAACAGAUUAAUAUUCAGGGAGCUAGAAAACAUACUUCCUUGCAACCUACCAAAAUGAUGGGAGGGGGAGUUACUGUUCUGGUGGAUGGAGCCUAUUCUCACUUUAAUGGCCGAGCCGGUUGUGGAGGAACAAUUAUAGUGAAUGGAGGUACUGUUCUUGAAGCGUUUAUGCUGUCUCUCAAUGAAGGAUAUCCCUUAAUUGCAGAAUUAUGGGCGUGUUUGAUCGGGCUCAAACGAGCUUGGGAAGGAGGACACAGAAGAGUUUGUCUUUUUAGUGACUCAUUGGAGACAAUACAUCUACUACAGGAGGGAGAUAAUGAACUCCAUGAGAAUUGGGCUUUGAUUAAAGAAUGCAGCAGCAUGAUCCAAAGCAAAUGGCUUGUGGAACUUUGUCAUAUAGGAAGAGAAGAAAAUCUUGAAGCAGACGCACUAGCUAAGCGAGCUCUAUCCUUGCCACCAGGAUUGCAUCUCACUCAUCUUGAGGACUCCUCUGAUGUUGUUUCUCGUCAUUUAGCUUAG